UUAUGAAGAAAUUUUUUGGCGUUAUUCGUUUAUUCGCUAUAUUGCUCCGUAUUGCCCAGAAUACGACAUAGAGAUAUAUAAAUUUAAGCGAUCAAGGAUUUUAUAACCAGUGUUUUGGAUUAGCUUUGAAGACUAGCUGCUAUAUAUAUGAGGACUAUGUAGAAGAACACUGUCAAUUACCAAGUCCUUAUAGAGGAAAAUAUAGGCUCCAAGCACUUCCCAUCUUGCGGUGGUGAAGAAAUGGAUGAGCAUUCAUUAGCAAGAAGUCAAAGUGUUGAAGAAAAGCAGCAAGGAAAAGAAGAGAAAGGGCCACCUGAUGAGAAAACUAAAGUAAAGAAGCCUGAGACCAAGACAUCAUCUGGUAGUGAAAGUGUUGAAGAAAAGCAGCAAAAAAAAGAAGAGAAAUGGUCGCCCGAUGUGAAAACCAAAGUAAAGAAGCCUGAGCCCAAGAUAUCAUCUGGUAGUGAAAGUGUUGAAGAAAAGCAGCAAGGAAAAGAAGAGAAAGGUUUGUCUGAUGGGAAAACUAAAGUAAAGAAUCCUGAGACCAAGACAUCAUCUGAUAGUGCAAGUGUUGAAGAAAUGCAGCAAGGAAAAGAAGACGAAGGUUUGUCUGAUGAAAAACAGAAAGGAAAAGAAGAGAAAGGUUUGUCUGAUGGGAAAACUAUAGGGAAGAAACCUGAGACCAAGACAGGAGGUGGAAAAAGUGAUAAUGAUGAUGAUGAUGAUACCUCUGAGGAAGAAGAAGUAGAAAUUGAUGAUGAUUCUGCUAAUGAGUAUGUUGAAAAUGACAACGAAAAGGAGGUAUCAAAAUCAGAAGACGAGGUAGGAAGAACGAAAAAGAAAAGAGAAAAAAAGAAAAAAACGAAAAAUACGAAAGUCAAGGCAAAAGACAAAAAGAAAAUGAGAAAGGAUGCUCGAGAAGAGAGGAGGAGAGAAGACGCUAAGGUUAACAAGGGGUCUCAGAUACAUCCUGAAAAACCGGCUGAUAAACAUAACGAGGAGCAAGGUGAAGGUUCUGUAGGGAAAAGUCGCAAGAAGAAAGAAAAAAGUCCCAAUGCUGCGCCCAAAAAAGGUGAUGAAAUGAAAUCGGAAUUCAAUUCAAUACUAAACACUAAUAGGAAUGACAGUGCCGAUGAAGGAGAAAGAAGUUCAAAGUGUGAAAAUCUUGAAGACUCUGCCGCAGAGGAAAGAACGAAACAAGGAACUAUGCAUGGUAAAGAAAUAAAAGAUCGCGAUAGUAACGAAUCGAUGGUAACAGACAAAAGUAAUCAAGCCAUGAAAAUAGAUUACUGGGACGCAGACCUUGACAACGAAAACAUCGUCGAUGAAAAGAAAGGCCUGGAUACUUUAGAUACGGAAAAGGAAAAUUCGAAGAAAGGAAAUGAAUCUGCAAACGAGCCAACACAACAGAGUGCUGAUGAAGGACAAUCCGUGUUAUCCAAAUUGUUCUCUCUCUUCGGAUAUUCAAGUGAUGCAACAAAAACAACUCAACAACAAACAGCUCAGGGACGGCAAUUUGGCUUUUAUGUUUGCGUGCAAGAGCCAGUAAUUUCCGUGGAGCUUCAUAUCUGGAAUCCUACUUACAACCAAGAUGCAUGUUCCUACUCUAUGCACCCCAUUGACGAAGAAAGGAUUUACUGGUGGCAUCCAGCAUAUGACUAUCCCAAAUAUUAUAUGUAUUAUUAUGUGGUAAAAUAUCCUAACAUUUUUUAUACCAGCUUUCACGAAAAAAGGAAAAUCGUAAAACUUGGAAGCGAUUACUCAGUUUUUCGCUAUCCUGGUGGAUAUCGGAACGAUUUCUGUACAGGACCUUUCUUCUUUGCUCGUUCGGUUUUCUCGGUGUUUUUGCAAGGGAAUUGGACGCUUGAAGAAUCUUUGGAUGAAUAUGAUGAAAUCCGUUUUGGAUACAAAACUUUUCCGCGUGAACAAAGAGAUCAAGUGGCCCAAUGGAUCCAGCAGGAAUUGAUACAACAAGAGUUCUCUGUGCAAAGCUCUCUUUUUUUUGCACAUGUCAUUCAACAUUUUGACAAAAGGUUGUUACACAAGACAAAAGAAAACGACCCACUCUUGAAAGCUUUGAUCGACGAUGUGGUUGCAUUACAGCUGCUGAGCACGUUACGCCAGUGCAGCAAAGACCAAUUGAAAAAUUUGGUGGCAGACGUUGAGCAUUUUAUUGCGUACCUUCUCAACAGAAGUAAAGACGGAGCACCUCCUGAAGUGGCUGUACACUUUUGCUUAAUUUUUGGUGCGGAUUUUCUUAAAAAUCUUAACCAAAAUAUGAAGUGGUCAGAGAAAGCAACUAGUGCAAAUCUAGCAGAGGUGUAUGACAUUCUUAAAAACAUGAAUGCGGAAGAUAGAAAUCGAGUAUUGGGUUUUAUGAUCAACAGAGCUCCAUCGAUCUCGUCUGCCUGGAUGGUGUACGAUGGUCUUCUAAGUUCUUUUCAAUCCCAAACGGAUUCAAAUUUUGAAAUGUUGAAGACAACGUGCCAACGUCUUUUAAAUUCGAGACAUGCAGGAAAGCUGUUGGCUGUCUUUGACAAAACAUCAUGGCAAGCGAUCCCAGUUGCAUUUAAAGCCGAUUUUAUCAAUUCUUUUCUGGAAGUUCUCCUCGAACAAGUCAAAAGAAAGGGAAUGCUAAAUGCUGAGGAAGAAGAAUCUGUAAUUACUUUCUUCACAGAUGAAAAAGUGUUGUCAAAUGAAAACGUCCGUACACAAAUCGUAGACGCAAGCAAGCUUCCUCAAAUGCAGAAGAUCAUUGUCACCGUUCUACAAAAUAACAUCAGUUCUAAAUACUGGAGUAAAACAAGUGACGAAAUCAAAGCAGAAGUUUAUGACAACCUCAUAAGACAUCAACCGAAGUCAUUUAAAGAAAAAAGGAGCCCGAUGCUUCACAUGUUUCAUUCUGUAAACGAAAUAUUUUUGGCAUUGGAAGUAUGUCCUUGUGUUAACAUAAAAGAAAAGGCUAUCGAAAAGUGUCACACAUCUUUGGACGUAGUGGAUCUAGCUGGCAUCGCUAAUGAAUUCGAGAACAUCAAGGAGCUACAUCCAGAAGUGGAAAAAAUCUAUUUGGACUGUCUGAGACGUUGCAUCGACAGAGAAAUCAAACGGGGUCACGGUCAUGCUAACGUAAUCGCAUUAUUAAAUCAGUUGUCAUCAGAAGAAAAGAAUGACAAGAGCAAACUGAUAAGCAUUACGCAAGAAACACUGUUUUCUCUAUGCCGCGAAACCAAAGUCCUGGCUAAUGAGACCGGAAAGACUGGACAGCAAGACUUCUUGAAGGUAUUUCAAGGUGUUUUCCCAGACCUAGGUCUGUGGUCGGUCCUUAUGGAUGUUAUGCCACAAUGGCAGGAAUCUGAAAUCCCAAAGCAUUUGGACGUACUUCGUCAAGCCAUUUUGUCAUUUGAAUAUGCUCUUGAAACAAAAGACAUCAAGAUCAAAGAUUUGCAAAGACUGUCAACAAAAUACCACAAGGAACUUCUUGGGAAAAUCCAUAGAUUCUUCACUGGAAAGAAAGGUCAUUUAGAAGACCUCGUCUCCUCUUGCGCCGAUGAGGAAAAAAAUGUUCACGAACAGCUCAAGCAACUUCUGCACUUUCUGAAUUUCGUCAAACAAAUUACGGUGAAAAUUGUAGCUGUUUCCGACAUCGACGACAUUCUGCAGGAGACGAUGAAGAAAAGGAAAGAUUACGAUGACAUGAGUUUGGGAGAUGUCCUAGACGAAGAUAACUGGAGUUGCGCAGAUUCUCUAUUAGAAUCGAGGGAUUCCUUGGAGGAGCUGCAAGAGUAUCGAGUCUUCUACAAUGCAGCCCAGGCCCGUCUAGAGAAGGAGAUGGCGGUGGCUGAUACGUCCGAGUGUUCCCUACAAGAAGUCAUGACCAUAUUGACAGACGAGGGGAAUUUAUAUUUGACAGAAACAUGUGAGACUCUUUUCACGAAUCCAGGUUCAAUGUCGAUAACCGACGCACAAUGUAUUAUGAGUGGCGUCACGGACUUGAAAAAGGAGUUGGACUACAUAUGUACCAAGUUUGAAGAUCGAAGAAUUGACAGUGAUGCUGAAAAACUACUGCAACGAUUCCUCAAAUUCCCAUCAAUUCACGAAAAUGUGAAGGCUCUCAACAGUGUCUUAGAAAGCCUAAAAAUUCCACAAGCGGAUGAUUUGAGUGAAUUCGCGUUGAAAACUCUAGAGGAUUACGAAGACCUGGGUGAACUCUAUGAUGCGACUGAGGAAGUUGUUGACAUAGAGAAACCGUUGCAUGGUUCGUACGGUGAGGUUAUCAUAGAACUCUCAGGAUCAACCGAGUUAAUCAAGCUGUUACGAGAAACAGCUAAUGAUGAUGUCCGUAAUCUGAUUGAUGCAGUAGAAGUACACUCUGACACUACAGUUGCCGCUAAGGAAGUUUCGGAUUUUAUCGAGAUUCACAAGUUUCUGUCGCCAGUAUUAAAAGCUGAACCUCGAGAUUUCUUUAAAGUCCUGACUGAACGCCUCCAAACUCUUGGCGAGGCUGGAGCUUUGGGUAUCGCUGCACGAAUAAAAGAUAGUGGCAACAACGCCCAUAGUUUGAGGAAUAUCUACAAGAAUGUGGCAAACCGUGGUGAAAUGACGAAAGAGAUUGUGAGUAAGGCUCUCAAUAAAGGAAAGUACAAGAUAAACUCCAAAGAAGAUGAAAGUCAUGGAAAUCUCUUUAUAUAUCACGAACGUAGUGAAGAAGAAUGGGAGUACAGUUUGAGUUACUUAGAAGAUGAAGAUGAAGAAGACAGAUUUCAAGGUGCCAAAUUGGUGAAACACGACAUGGAGAAAUUGCAAGACUUAAAAAGCCGUGCUUUGCUCAUCGUAAACACAGAAAAAAAGCAACAGAAUAACACAGACGAGAGUGUAGACUUUCAAAGUUUUAUCAAGAUUAUCGACUUGCUUAAUGAGAUUAUUGCCACUGGAGAAGAACUUCAAAGUUCGGGACAUCCAGGUUAUAAAACGUACUGGAGCGAAUGUGAGACACUUGAAGAGAUAGAAGAUAUUUGUAAGGAAUUAAAGGAAGAUCUUCAAGAUUGGGAGAAGACAGUACGGUCGGUUAGAGAGUCAAACUUCUUCCUAAAUUUCUUUCAUACAAAGCAGUUGUGGGCCCUAAAGGAGUUCUUUGAUGGCAGUGAUGUUUUCGAAGACGAAGCGUUCUCCCUUUUGCGUUUUGUUGAUAAUUCCAUCACGAGGAAAAAGAUGACAGAUUUUCAAGAGAACUGCCAAUUGGUUUCAAGCGGGCAAUACGAGGACCAGUUCAACGACAUCGCCAUUCGUUUGGAGGAAUUUUUUGGACGAGAAUUUUACCAAGAAAAAUCGGUGGAAAAGGAUGAAAAACAAGGUUUGUUUGUAGUUCCACUUGAGAAAGACAGUACCAAAACAGCAUCCGUUGUCAUGCAGCUUUUCGAAAAUGCAAAUGCCUCUCCAGAACCGAAAAGAGUUUUGUUCUGUCACGGCAAUUCAACUUGGUAUGAGAUAGAACUCUUUCUAAGACGUUGCUUUCAAGAGAAUUCCACCACCAGUGGUCCUUACUGUCUUGCAAAUGUUGAAAGUCUGACGACGGAUUUGCAGUUCCAACUCAUUGAUUCCAUUAGAGAAUUCCAAACGUCUUCCAAAACAAACUACUGGCUUGCACUGAUAUGUCGAGGGGGACAGCACCAUCAUAUCGUUAACCAGUUUAGGGAAUGCAGCAAGAAUAUACCAGGAAUGUCAGAUGUAAAACUAAGGCGCACUUUCAAGGAAUUAUUUCCCGAGGUGAGUAUGGUAACAUCAGACUUACCGGGGCUCGGCAAGACAGAAUUAAUCCAUGAAAGAGCAUUAGAGAACCGAAAGAGGAUAACCUGUUUCUCUAUUAAUGGCCCAGUAUCACGCGAAAAGCUUGUGCAUCGCUUACUAGAACUUGGCAUUGACGAAGAAUGCCUUCUGCACAUUGAUAUAUCAGAAGUAGACGAUCCUCUUUUGGUUGACACUUUUCUUUUUGAGCUUAUCGUUUUGGGCAUGGUAUCAUCUGGGACCAAGCUUUUUCACAUUCCUACGCACUUUAUUGCGAUCGAGGUAGCAAACACGCUACAACAUAGUCUUAGAGACUCACUUUCUGUAACAAAGUGUUUUCAUCGUGUUCAUGAGGAGUGGAGCUUCGACAAGUUUAUGUGCAGCCAAGAAAAUGGAAGUGCAAUACAAGUAGUUUGCCACUACCUCAAAGCGUACGACAAUCAAACUCUCGAGAAAGACAGCUUGACUCUAAAAGAUCUUAAGGAAGCUACCCCCCUCAAGGAAAGCGAGUGCAGAGACCUGAUUUCAAAGCACUUUCAUGGAAGUGGUGACCUUUGUUACAACGUCAUUGAAACGUUUCUAAAUGUGUUGGCGACACAGUUAAGGAAAUUCUCCGCAAGUCAAUUUUUUCGCCCUGAACAUUUAAAAGAUAUGUUAGGAGAGGAGAAAAACGUGCGAGUGAGUUUGUUUGAAGCCCUAAGGAAUGUGUCUGUUGAGUUUGCCACUAGGUCCGUUGGAGCCUGUAAGGAGGUCCAAGCUAUGGCUGUGCGGGAAAAUGAUCCACACCUAAGGUUACUUCUUCCAUCAAGCCAAAAAGGAAAGUCAGCGGCGAAAAUGGUUGACAGGGUAAAAGGAAUGGUCAAGUGGGCUGAUGAGAAUCACCUAGUUUUAAUGUUCCAGGAGGCACUUUCCAUAUCGGCACUAUUCCGUGAGCUUGGAAAGGUUCCUGAACAAGUUAUAGCGCUAUUCAAAAGUCAGAAUGAUAUAUUGAGGGAUCUAGGAGACCUCAGCGAAAAGGAACUGACGGACAAGUUGAAGAAAAUUCUCUUCGCUGACACAAGAAGUCAGUCCAAGGAUAUCCAAAGCUAUGUUCUGACCCCAGACAACAUCUUAAAGAUGGUCUUGAUCAUUCAACGUAUACGCGCUGGAGUUCCCGUGAUUGUGAUGGGAGAGACAGGAUGUGGUAAAACAAGCCUUGUGCGCUAUCUGGCAAACAGUUGUGGCGUUCCAAUAGAGGUUCUUAACUUCCAUGCGGGAAUCUACGAGAAAGACAUCGUGGAGUUUACAGAGGAUCGAGUAAAAGAAGCGGGAAACGAUCUGGGAAAGCAAGUGUGGGUGUUCUUUGAUGAGAUAAAUACCUGUGAUUACCUUGGCCUCAUCAAUGACAUCAUCUGUCACAGAACCUUGAAUGGCAAAGAGCUUCCUCCUAAUCUUGUGUUUAUAGCAGCGUGCAAUCCUUACUGCCUGAGACCAACUGACAGCAUUGUCACAGCAGGUCUGACUGGAAAGAGCCUGACAGACGAGUAUUCGAACCUUGUGUAUCGAGUGAAACCACUUCCAGAGACCAUGAUGGACUAUGUGUGGGAUUAUGGAUCUCUUGACUCCAAAGAUGAACGAGUCUACAUCGAACGCAUGGUAGACGAGCUCAACAUUAAUGAUCCCGAUUUGGUGGUUGAUUUGCUCGCGGCAUCACAGGCGUUUAUCCGAGAAGUGGAAGGAAAUCCUUACUGCGUAAGUCUCCGGGAUGUCCGCCGUUGCAUUCUCCUGGCUAAAUGGUUCAUGAAGAUGAUCAACGAUCGACCUGCCUUGGAUGUAUCAAAACUUACCGCUAAGGCAAGGGAUAUUUAUGAAGAAGCGCAAAGUAUUGAUAAUGAAGAUAGGUCGAUCGUUUUGGCCUUGGCUCAUUCUUAUCAGAGUAGGAUUCCCUCCAGUAAGAAACGAAAAGAGUACCGGCUAAAGCUCGAAGCGGUUUACACAAAACAUCACCAGAUAUUUUCAGCUGCUGAGCUUGAUCUCGUCAUACGAGCAGAACAGGAGGAGUACCUUGCUAGAAUGGAGCUUCCAGAAGGCACUGCUCGAAAUACUGCCUUAAGAGAGAACGUGUUUGUUAUCCUGGUGUGUAUUCUGAACAGGAUCCCUGUGUUUGUGGUGGGUAAGCCUGGAUGUAGCAAAUCCCUGUCCAUGCAGGUCAUCAGAAGCAAUCUUCGAGGAAAGGACUCCAAAGAUGAAUUCUUCAAGACGUUGCCGCAGCUAUUGGUCGUGUCUUACCAAGGUUCAGAGUCUUCUACGUCAGAAGGAAUACUUAAGGUAUUCGAGAAAGCAAAGCAGUACAAAGAGCACAACAAGCAAGAUGAAUCCAUUCCUGUAGUGCUGCUUGAUGAAGUGGGCCUUGCAGAAAUAUCCAAGUACAACCCGUUGAAAGUUCUUCAUCGUCUGCUGGAGCCAGAAGAACAGGAGUUCCCUGACGUGGCCGUUGUAGGAAUCUCAAACUGGGCCCUAGAUGCAGCGAAGAUGAACCGUGCCAUUCAUCUGUCAAGACCUGAACCGACGUAUGAAGAUCUGAAAGAGACUGGAAUGUCUAUCCUCGAGGCACAGUUGCAUACCUUAGAUAUAAAAGUACAAGAAAAAGCGCAAGAAGGCCUAAGUGAAAGCAAGCUUGACUGUCUUGCUCGGUCAUACUUUGAGUACCAAAAGAAUCAGAUACACGAAAACUUCCAUGGUUUGAGGGAUUACUACUCAUUGAUAAAGUGUUUAAGUCGAACUCUGAUUGCAGCAACUGAGGAAAGCGAGAGGUCUUGUUGCACGUUCCGUGCCCUGCAAAGAAACUUCGGCGGCCUAACAAUGAAAGAAAAAUCAAUUGAUGACAUUUACGCAGAAAAGUCAGAAUCACAGCUAAGUGGAAUUUUGGAAACAAGAAAUGAAUUCCCUGUGACCGAUCUGAUUUCCGACAACCUGGUCGACCCAUCUGCCCGACACUUGAUGCUAAUAACAAGUGGGGAUUCAGCGCUUACUAUAAUGGACAAGACUUUGGCAGACUUAAGCAGAGAAAAGGUGAUUAUCUAUGGAAGCAAAUUCGAGGAAGACAUUUCUGAGGACUACAGCUACCGAAUCCUAAGCCGCAUUAUUCUCCACAUGGAACAAGACUGUGUGUUAGUCUUGAGGGAUCUGGAGAGUGUCUAUGGAAGUCUCUAUGACAUGCUGAACCAGAACUAUGUCGUGGUGGGAAACAAGAAGAAUUGUCGUGUUGCUCUUGGACCAUACAGUAACCCUAUGUGCCAGGUUCAUGAUGGAUUCCGCUGUAUUGUACUGGUUGAUGAAGAUAAAGUUAACAAAGCAGAUCCUCCCUUCUUAAACCGCUUCGAGAAACAGCUUCUCCGUUACUCGGACGUCUUAAGCGAGAACGAACAAAAUGUAAUCGAUAAGCUACGAUGCUGGACUAAAGACUUUUGCAGCAUUGAGAACGCAGACUUCAAUGAAAGAGAUGUUUUUCUUGGAUUACACGAUGACACUCUUGCUUCCUUGGUCCUUCUUCAAAGGGAYGAGAACUCCCCAAAAAGUGAUCAUGGCUUGUUCGAAAUGUGUAAAGAUGAUCUUAUGUCUAUCGCUACACCAGAUGGUGUUCUUCGAUGCUUGCGAUCAAAGUUGUACAAGGACGAUGCCCUGGAUGUGAAGUCUCUGUACGAAAGCUUUUUCAAAAAACCCCUUCACGGAGGUCUAAAGGGCUUCAUUGAGUCCGUGGGCAGCGCUUCUACAGAGAUGCAUCCAGUAAAGAGCAUGUUGGACCAUCCAAACAUGAGCUUCAAAUACUUCGUUAUGACCCACUCAAGUAUUCACACUGACGUAUCAGCGUGCCUUAAAGGGUCUCUGUCUUGUCAGGUGGAGAAACUUGGAACGUUCAAGUCUGAAAAGCACCUUUCGAAGCGGAUUCAGAUGUUCUGGUCAAGUUCUGAGAAAGAGCUCCUCGUCUUUCAGUGUAAACCAAAUUUAGAUGGAGAGCACAUGACGCUCAUGAAAUCGACUAUCGAGCAGCAUCAUGAAAGGUACCUCAAGUCUUGCGCGGAAGAAUACAAGGUUCCUAUUAAGAGCAUCUGUAUCAUCGUUCAUCUGGAAAGAGGAAGAGAAACUUUGAAUUCUCGACAGUGGCAGUUCAGCUUUAUGCAAGGAUGGAAGCAGGCAACGUUGGACUCCCUCGAAGUGCCAGAGGUUCCUAUUGACAUUCUCCUUGGAGAUAGCGUCUUUAAACUGUUCGAGAAUGAGACACUUUCCUUGAAAGCCAUCAUUGAAAACAAGCUAUUGUGGUGCUUCACAAGACUCAAGUACCCGCAAAGCCUGUCAGAUCCAGAAAGAGUCAAUGACGAAGUGUCUAAUUUGCGGUUAUCUGAAGCGAUGAUGACAUAUCUCCAUGACAUUGUGCUACAGUGGAUCAAAAAGCAUCAUGACGAAGUAGAAGGRGCAGAAUUUUGGUCUUCAAAGCUGCGUGCUUGUGAUUGGCAGAUAAAUGUGUCAUGUGACAAAAUGGCAUUAUUUGGAUCGCUGACACUAUCUGGCGCAAUACGACGCUACGUUGAUGAUCUUGUGCGUCGACCUCUUGCUAAGGCAAUAUAUCUCAUUGCGAAUCGCCUUACUUUUAAAAGCUGCCAUCGUGCCCUUACGGAGUCAGGGAACAGAACGGAGAAUGAGGUCUUUAUGGCUGGGCUAAUCAGAGACGAAAACCUCUUCAACAUUGAUGAARUACCAGACCCUCAAGAAUCAGGUUGCUAUGUUUUGACUAAAGCAGAAUGCUUGCUCGAGUUUCCAUUUUCAAUCAUAUUUUGCGAAAAGAUUGGCAGCCUGAAAGAGAAGUACCUCAAAAAAUGGAGAGAGUUUACAACCAACAAUGAAGGUGAAAAAGAAGAAUUCUUUCAGGAGCUCGCUCUUGAAAUUAAAGAAGCUGUUCCCCAAUUAUUUCGCUACGACUGGCCAGACAGCGGCUUUAGUCUGUAUAUUGAAGACAUAUUCGAUUUCAUGUCUUCUCAGCAUUCUUCAGCAUUGACACGUGAUCAGAGAGUGGAUAUCCUAAAGGCUGYAUGUGCGCAACACCUGGUUAAUACACCUGUUCAGAAUUUGUCCAUUUUCCUGGCUCGAAUUCAUUUCUUUUUGUGGAGGUACGAGGCGGACUUCUUAGCUGUUCAGCAGCUUUAUUCACUAAUUUCUGUUCCUGGCAACGAUCUUGAGAAGCUUUCCUCAUCUUACAUUGAUGUUUUCGAAAGAUGUGUCUUAAUGAUGAAGAAAAAGAAAGGCAUUGGUGGCAGUGAAGAAAGGAGUGGAGAGAAGGAUUAUAAUGAUGACGAGGGUCUGAGAGAGGAGGAGGAAGACAGUGACGAGGACGAUGAUGAUUCUGACGAUGAUUCUGACGAUGAUUCUGACGAUGAUUCUGACGAUGACGAGGACGAUGAUUCUGACGAUGACGAGGACGAUGAUGACGACGAGGACGAUGAUGACGACGAGGACGAUGAUGACGACGAGGACGAUGAUGAAGACGAGGACGAUGAAGAUAAAGCCAUUGGUCAGAAAGAAAUUGCAGAUUUUAAACUGAGAAAACCUUUUCUCCGGAUGAUGUUCGAUAUCUUUUGUGAAGCUUUAGUACCUACUCAAGAACUCAUCCAACAGCUUGGUAGUCCGCAGGAAUGGUUAACAACAGCUAAUUCGUUUGUAGCACAUACAGCCAAGUCCAGCUUUGGAAAUACUAGGCUAUAUAGUAACCUCAGAGUUUGCUGUGACUAUGGAAACAUGAUUCUCUCACCAAACAAAUUUUCAAACCCGUAUUCACUUUACUUGCUUGGAGAGCUGUGUCAAGGUGAAGAUCUGCACAACUCAUUUGACAAAGUUCUGGACGCCAUAGAGAGCAUUGGGAGAACAACAAGAAUGACUAAUGAGUUUAGAAUAAACUUCUUGAGUAGGUGUCUUGACAGCUGUGAGACAGAAGAAGUCUAUCAAAGUAUCCUGAAUGCAGUCAGCUCAUUUUCAGAAAAAGAAAGUCUUGAGCUUGGAAGUCCAAUAGUCUCUCGCAUCAUUUUCUAUGCAAGUCAGUUCCAAGAGGAAAAUCCAUUCUUGGCUAUUUUGAAGGACUCAGAAGAAGUCAGUGCUCACUACUCAUUCUUCAAAGAAACGGAGACGAUCUUGAAUCGCAUUGUCAAGAACAACGAAGGAAUACACGAUUGCYAUUUUGCUGUCAUCGUUUUAGACGUGAUUGACCACAUAACAUGCCAAGAUCUUGAUUUGUUCGAAGCAUCUGAAGUAACUUCCUCAAGCAGCCUUACAAUGACUUGUCUUAAAGCUGCCUUGGAUACUGUGGAACAUCCCAGAAGGUCACAAAACAGCUUAGCGCUACUUACUGCAGUGUCGUACAUCAGAAAUUCGCUGUCAUCAAUUGCUGACCUUAUUUACCGUAAGCCAUUCCUGCUCAAAAGGGACUCCGAGUAUUCACAUUUCUUCAAGUUCCUGUCAAAGUUUCUUGAAGCUCCUGAGGGCAGGWCCGCCAAGAGUCCCAGAAGAGCAUCAUGCAUGCUUUAUUUUCUAAGAGAGCUUAAAAAGAAUUUGUCCUUACAAGAGCUAAGAAAACUCUGUGAAGAAGCUUCCAUGUUACCUGCGUUGCAGUCUCUGACAUGGAGUGAUGAGAUUAGCACAUAUCCGAUCACUUACCUGGAAGACGUCCACCUGACCACGCUAGAAUUUAACCAUGCGCUUAUCAAGUUAAAGUAUUUAGRAGAUGUAAGUCCUAUGGAGCACAUGUGCCGUGAGCUUGAUGGCGAUGCAAAAAAACGAAAARCCUUUGCUGGUGCCCUGACAGAGAAACUGUUUUUGUCACAAUCGUUACAAAGUCAGACCGACACCAUGGACAAGACAGUAGAUUCAAUUAUUGAGGUCCUGCCGUCGGGUUUGUCUCCUCAAUUUAUGAAGCUAAUUCUCUGUCUAACAGGCAAAGAAGAUUUCAAAGGCAAAGCGCUAAGGAUUUCGCCAGAGAUGUCUUUGAGUGCUGUUAGAAAGUCAACCAUAGUCCUCCAUUUGCUUCGUAUCUUAACAGCUGAAUGCACCGGCAGCUCCACUGUUGACCGCCCAUUCUUGUCCUAUCUCAUUGAUCCAAACAAAGCUUCGGAAGGAUGCUUGUUAGCCAACCCAGACAAAUCCAAUCAGAGGCCGACCGAAAGCUGGUAUGUUUUGACUUGCCCAUGUGGAACGGCAUUUCUCAGGGGGAAAGAUCAAACAACCUGUCCGCAUUGCCUGAAGCCUUGUGCUCUCUCAUCUAAAGACGAAAAAUGGCAAGAAAAACAGGCAACAACAACAGCAAUCUCAUUAUGCAUUUCAAGGAUUGCAGAAGAUGACUUCAGCGUAUUAAACAUGACUCCAUCAAGCUACAGAUUUCUUCACUUGUUGGUCGUCGCCACACUUUACUCUGGAUUCUCUCUUGGGACCCUCACCUCGAGAAAGCUCUCUCAGUUUUUCACUCUUGACGAAGAAAAGGACAAUCCCGUAGAGAAAUGCCUUGAAGAAAUGAACACCGAUUUGAAAGUACUUGAGCGAUUGUGGGGAUGCAACGAAGAGCAAGUGAUCACUACUGUACACCAACUGAUUAACGACACCACAAGAUUGAUCACAAAGCGAGUUGGCCGUCCGUGUCUAAGCAAGGAACAACGAGAAGAACUGCAAAUAGCUUUUAAUGAAAAAGUGAACCGGUUUUUCCAAACUCGAAAACAAGAUCCUAAAAAUGAAUGCACGAUGGAUCCUACGUCACUGGAAUCCCUGAUUGACGAAAAGGACUCCACUGAAGAUUUUGAUGCUCAAAUGCGAAAUUCAUGGCUUCCACGCCUCUUUCGUUUUACCAAACAGAAGUCCUUGGAUGAUCUGAGGGUGACCUAUUACAACGCUUCCGAUGCUGUAAAAACGGAUCAUCCUCUCCUAGGUCUUUUUCUGAAAUACAUGAAGAUUCUGCCAAAAGUUGGACACCUUUACCCCUUGAUGGAGUUCUCCAACAUGCUUGAAAACCAAUUUGGAAGACGACUUCGUCGUAAAGACGCCGCCGUCCAAGCAGUAGGAGAUGURGUGGGAACACUUGUUCACAAGGAUCUGAAAAAAGCCAUGGAGCAGUUUAUAACAUCUUGGGAAACUGUAAGAAGUGUUGUUGAAAAARAAGUUGGUGCCACCCCAAAAAUAACCAAGGCUACUUCAGUAUCGUAUUUUGUUAUGGAUCAAGAUUCCAAUGGGAAGUAUCUUUACGAAGCAGUUCUUGCACUUCAAAGAAUUCAGAAUGAAUUUCAAGGCAAAGUUCUAAAGCUAGCACUUGAAGGAUCGUGUCCUGCUUUGGACUUUCUAAAAAAGUCUGAUUCAUCUGGAUCUUCAAGCAGUUUGCCAAUUGUCCACGUUCAAGAUGUGAAGAAAAGUGAAGUGAUUUGCUUCGAAUGGGAUGAUAAAAUCCUCCUGCAGCAUUCCUAUCAUGACACUGAAUAUGGAAAGGGGCACGAGAUCCACUAUGACUUUGGCAAGAUAGAAAGUGAAUUGGCUGAACGGUUUUUGACUGGAAAGGUUUAUCUGAGUACUGAUGGUGGUCUCAGGCAAUUCCCUUACAGCAACGAACUCUUCCACACAUGCGCAAACGUUCUUAACGACAUUACCGAACGACUGCCACAGGAACCCCUCACUACUGACCAGCAGAAUCGUUUGAGUGCAUUGAAGGAGGAAGAAUUAAAGAAUGCCAGGACUCUUCUUGAAGAGUUAGAAGUAAUCUUGUAUUUCCUAAGCAAGGCUUCUUACUUCGACUCAAAACUGGCGGAAAUGGCUUUGGAAGACUAUGUAGCAARAAAGCUGCAAGGUUCUAACCUCCUAAAAAAGGAGCUAUUUGGAGCUACUUUGAAGGAUGUUAAAGUCUGUCAUGUAGUGAAUAUGUAUCAGAGGUUGGAAGAAUUACUUGCUGAUGUUGCCAUUGAAGCUGUUCACGACAAGUACCGUACCCAUAUAUCUACAAAAGCACUUCAAGAACUCAAGGGUUACAGAUCUAAAAGAGAGAGCGAGAUGUCAGUGAUCGUCACCACCCUACGUCGGUUCAUCUUCCGGUAUCUGUUGUCAGAUCAAGAGCAUCAGAACACCUGGGAUCCACAGGAAUAUGCAGUCAAGUAUUUGUGCGAUCCGUCUCUUUGGUCAAUUCCGGAUGGGAUUUCUGGARUUUCUGAAAGCCUUGCCAUCGAGGAAGACGAACCUAAAUCAGCUUUACACGACCUCAUCGACAAAUUCAUUCCGAGUUCAACACGUAUUUGUGAGGUUUACUCUGUCAUGUCUUUCUACGACAAGACUAUUCAGGAGGCGAAAGAGAAGAAGCCAUUGGCACCUCAAAAAGUAAACAAAGGAAGAAUGAAGAAGUUCAAAAUCUCUAGCUAUGCUUGAUAAACGAAACAGMAUCUUUAUCAAAGAGGUGUAAUAAUAGCCUUUGAACGUUUUGGGCUCAUAUAUAUCAUAAAUUUUAAGCCAAACAAUUUUUAUUUUAUUGCUAGUAUAUAUACACUCAAUUGCAAAUCAUUGUCGGAUUCAAAACAGAGACCAAAAGGUGUUUUUGGAAACGUCAUAUUUAUCCUUUCCUAGUCAACAUUAUGAACCAAAACUUCGCCCUCUCACUAAUGUUGAGCUGCUCUUUUCAUUUCACAACUGCUCGUUUUAAGGGAGGUAGGGUCACGUGACCUGUUAGAGCAAGUCGCCAAUUGAGUAUAUACACACCUAUGUCAGUAUUAUAUUUUUAGAAAAAAAAUCUUUCUUAGAAUGUAAUUUUAUUUUAUUUUAUUUUAUUUUUUUGUGAUUGUUGUUUGUGAAAAAUAUUUUUUCAGCUAAAUAUCAGAUUGAAUGCGAAAUUUCUAGAGUUUUUUAGUGCUUAUUUAGUAUUCUAUAUAUUAUCUUGUAGUACAGAGUGGGUAUCGCUGAGUUGAGGAAUCACAGCACAUGACACGGUAAAGAUAAGGACUAAGAAAUCCAUUGGACCAAUCACAAUGCCCCUUAUUUUGCUCUCAUCCAAUCAUAUGCUUUUAACGAAAUUUGGGCUUGCGUGUGCAUAAAUUAAACUUAGAUAUUUCAAAUAUGGGC